UGAGUGCAUAAGAAGAAGAAAAAACCCUGAGUGCAUGCACUGCCCUCUAAAAUGUAUAUCAGAUACAGAAGUUGCCAUUAGAGCUCCUUACAGAGGCAAUGUCUUGAUAGUUUCGCUGAUAAGAUAGAGAAGAUUUCUUCCAAGAUGAGAGACAUCACUGAAAUUACAGCACUUUUCCUUGGUUUUGUCAGCUGGAUACUGAUUUUUGUAUCACUGCAAGACCAGUAUUGGAAAGAGUCUACCACAGAAGGCAGUGUAAUUACAACCUCCACAAUAUAUGAGAACCUCUGGAUGUCAUGUGCCAGUGAUUCCACUGGGAUCUAUAACUGCCGCGAUUUUCCAUCCCUUUUUGCCCUUCCUGGGUACCUACAAGCCUCCCGAGCACUGAUGAUCGCUUCCAUCGUGUUUGGGACAUUUGGGCUGGUGGGAACCAUUGUGGGAAUGCAAUGCUCCAAAAUAGGAGGAGAAAACUAUGUUCUGAAGGGCAGGAUUGCUGCUAUUGGAGGAGUGUUCUUCUUACUACAAGGCCUUUGCACCAUGAUUGCUGUGUCUUGGUAUGCAGCCAACAUCACCCAGGAGUUCUUUGACCAAUUCUACGCAGGGACAAAGUAUGAAAUCGGCGAGGGCUUGUACAUCGGCUGGUCUUCAGCCACACUCGCCAUGUGUGGAGGUGCAUGUCUGACGUGUGCAUGUAGGUUUAAAGAGCCUGGUGAGAAAAUGCCUUAUCCAUAUCAGCCGUCCUCUAGAGGACGCGUGCUGUCCACAGUGGCGUCCCAGUCUGCCCACACCAACUAUGGAAGGAAUGCAUAUGUGUGACAUGUUACAGCGAGCUGGGAAGGAUGGAGAGUUGAACAAAGUUAUCUGACG